GCCAGCCCAGCCCCAUUCCCGUGUCCCGCACCCUCACCUCGCCUCUCCCGGUGCCGCCGCCGCCGCUCCAUUAUCGCUGCCGGUGUCGGUGUCCCUUUAACGGGCUCGGCCGGUGACACGCGUGUGCGUGUGUGCGAACGCGCGUGUGCGUGUGCUCCCCGCUCCCGGGGCUGGCUGGCAGCAGGGCCCCCCUUCUCCAUCCCCCCGGAUCCGGAUCCGGCCCCAUUCCCCCCCUCCACUCCCCGCUUAUUUUUCCUGUUGUUUCGCGGGGUUGGGGCGGGGGCCGGGCGGGAUCCGGCCCCUUUGCCAACGGGGAUUUUGGGGGAUUAUUCGCCGUUUUCUUCCCGGUGGGAUUUUUUGCUGCAACCGAAAGAAGACGGGCGCGAGGCAUGGCAUGAGCUUCGGGAGACAGGGCUGGAGAGACACCUGUGGAAGAUGUCGAACCCGAGAAACGGCGACACCAAGCCCCCAUGUUUGCCCCGCAAUGGACUGGUGAAGAUCCCCACGCAAGCCAACGGCCUCGGCUCCGCCAGCAUCACCAAAGGCACCCCCGCCGUGAAAAACCGCCUGUGCCAGCCUUCCUCCGUGCCUGCCAUCCUCAGCCCGGCCUUAGCCCACCGCAGCGACCUGCCCAUCCCCAGCCUGGCCUCCCCGCUCUCCUUGGCCACCCUGGCCAGCGUCUCCUCCCCUCCCGGCGCUUCCUUGGUGGGACUGAACGCCAGCGAGGGCUCGGAGCAGCCAUCCCCGGAGCGGCUGCCGGGCUCGCCCUCGGAGAGGCAGCUGGCCGUGGACGAGAAGAUCCUCAACCGCUUGUUCUGGUACUUUUCGGCGUGCGAGAAGUGCGUGCUGGCGCAGGUGUGCAAGGCAUGGCGGAGGGUGCUCUACCAGCCCAAGUUCUGGGUGGGCUUGACGCCCGUCCUGCACACCAAAGAGCUCUACAACGUCCUGCCCGGGGGAGAGAAGGAGUUCGUCAGCCUGCAGGGCUUCGCCGUCCGCGGCUUCGACGGCUUCUGCCUCGUGGGCGUCUCUGACCUGGACAUUUGUGAGUUCAUUGACAACUACCCCCUCUCCAAGAAGGGGGUCAAGUCCAUGAGCCUUAAGAGGUCAACCAUCACAGAUGCGGGGUUGGAGGUGAUGCUGGAGCAGAUGCAGGGCGUGGUGCGGCUGGAGCUGUCGGGCUGCAACGACUUCACGGAGGCCGGGCUGUGGUCCAGCCUCAACGCCCGCAUCACGGCGCUGAGCGUCAGCGACUGCAUCAACGUGGCCGACGACGCCAUCGCCGCCAUCUCGCAGCUCCUGCCCAACCUGACCGAGCUCAACCUGCAAGCCUACCACGUGACGGACACGGCGCUCGCCUACUUCACCGCCAAGCAGGGCUACACCACCCACACCCUGCGCCUCAACUCCUGCUGGGAGAUCACCAACCACGGCGUGGUCAACAUGGUGCACAGCCUGCCCAACCUGAGCGUGCUCAGCCUCUCGGGCUGCUCCAAGGUGACGGAUGAUGGAGUGGAGCUGGUGGCCGAGAACCUGCGGAAGCUGCGCAGCCUCGACCUGUCCUGGUGCCCCCGCAUCACCGACAUGGCCCUGGAGUACAUCGCCUGUGACCUGCACAAGCUGGAGGAGCUGGUGCUCGACAGGUGCGUGCGGAUCACCGACACCGGCCUCAGCUACCUGUCCACCAUGUCAUCCCUGCGGAGCCUCUACCUGCGCUGGUGCUGCCAGGUGCAGGAUUUUGGCCUGAAGCACCUCCUGGGCAUGGGCAGCCUGCGCCUGCUCUCGCUGGCUGGCUGCCCCUUGCUGACCACCACGGGGCUGUCGGGGCUGGUGCAGCUGCAGGAGCUGGAGGAGCUGGAACUCACCAACUGCCCCGGGGCCACCCCGGAGCUCUUCAAGUACUUCUCCCAGCACCUCCCGUGCUGCAUGGUGAUCGAGUAGCGCUGGAGCCGGCCCACCCCGCGCC